UCUCCGGUGUUUAAACUUUCCCUUUCAGAAAGCGCCCGUUCUAACUUAUCCAGAAUGACUUUAUGAGCGCCAGUUUCUCCUCCCCGAACUUUCGGAAGGAUAGUACGCCGUUAUUUGGACCGGACAGAGCGACUCCCUCCCCACCAUCCCUUUUUUUUUUCUUUUUUUCCUCCUUGCGCUCGCGACCGGGAUGACAACCCGCGUCCUGCGGGUCCGUCCUGCUGUUUCUCCGGGACAAAGUAAACCGAGCCACGCGGGUCGUGGGGCUCAUGAGACAACAGGAGGAAAACCCGAGUCUCCAAUUCGACGAAAUGACGUGGAGACAAGAUAUUUAGGAUUCAGCACCAGGACGACACGCUAACGGAUGCAGACAUGAGGCAUCUAGAGGAUGACAGGAACUUCCAGACCUGCUGACUCUCUUCAGGGAAGAAGCGAUCCUUCAGAAGCAUCAACGUUGACUCCUCAGAAGCGCCUGAACGUCUUCGCACACGACCGACAGAAAACAUCGAGGAGUCUGAGACCGCACACACAGAAUAUCCUGAGGGCGAAUAAAUGAUGGCGACACUUCGCCAGAGAUGUGUGGAGUGACAUAUGAGAUGGGGAUGGAUACGUCAGGUGAGGGAGCAAGCCAGAGACGCUGCGUCGCCAAGAGUCACUUCUGACGGUAACAGAAAUGAGUGGAAAAGUUCCAGCACAUCGGUCAGCGGGAGAGAAGAAGAACUCAACGCUGAUCUGACAGACGGUGGAAACCCGCUUGGGAAAAAAAACAACAACAGAAAAACACCUUGAGAAGUGAGACUUACAGUGGAAAACAAGAGAUUCAAAGAGAGCCGUAACUUUUGGCAAACAAACCACCGCUGAUUGGGUGGGUGCAGAAGGCUGUGGGCAGCAAGCCAUGGAUCUGAGUGAUCCGAUUUCCAGCUCGCAAUUAGAAACACUUAAGGUCUGUGUUCUAGCAGGCGGGAAAUGUGGCGCAAUACCAAUAAACAACUUGGGACAGCAUGGCUCGCCGUCUAAGUUGAGGUCCCUUUGCCAGUGGCAUCUUGGCAGGAAAUGGAAGGUUUAAACCUCAAACAACAACUUGAGACUGUUUGCAGCAAGCAACACUUUUGUUUCCCCCCGAUAUAGUAUGAUAGAAAAUCUAAUCCCUCCCAACCCUCUCCCUCUACUUUCCUGUCCGUCAAGUUUCUCCUUCCCAGGGAUGUUGUGCCGAUCCAUAAUUAAGCUCAUGUGUGAAAACCCAACUCAACGCUUUGUGCGCUGCUAGCAAGCAAAAGGAGUCCAACACCUUUCAGUCUUUGAAACAGUGACAACUCUUGUGAGGAAUGGGUGGCCCAGCAAGGGCUCUCCUCGGUGGGUUUGGCACAACCACCUCCUCCCUGGAGGUUGGGAGUCAGAUAGGUUGGCCGACCAACAACCCGCUGGACUUCAAUCAGACGCUGACAUGGGGAACGGGAGGCGGCGGAGGAGCGAGUGCGGCAGCCAUGAGUCUGGGUUUGGGUUUGGACAAUUCGACCACCCAGGAGUCGGUGACCAAGUCCGUGAUCAAAGAGAAGAACUGGCCGGCGCUGCUGAUCCUGGUGAUCAUCGCACUGACGGUCGGCGGCAACAUCCUGGUGAUUCUGGCGGUGUCCCUGGAGAAGAAGCUGCAAAACGCCACCAACUUCUUUCUGAGGUCGCUGGCGGUGGCGGACAUGCUCGUAGGCAUCCUGGUCAUGCCCAUUUCCCUCAUCAACAUCCUCUACGACUACGCCUGGCCUCUACCCAGCGCCCUUUGCCCAAUCUGGAUCUACCUGGACGUGCUGUUCUCCACCGCCUCCAUCAUGCACCUGUGCGCCAUCUCCCUGGACCGAUACGUCGCCAUCCGCAACCCCAUCGAGCACAGCCGCUUCAACUCCAGAACCAAGGCCAUGAUGAAGAUCGCCGCGGUCUGGACCAUUUCUAUAGGUGUGUCGAUGCCCAUCCCAGUGAUCGGCCUCCACAACGAGGACAAGGUUUUCGUCAAUGGCAGCUGCGUCCUCAAUGAGGAGCGCUUCAUGCUGAUUGGCUCUUUUGUGGCCUUCUUCAUCCCGCUGGUCAUCAUGGUGGUGACUUACUGCCUCACCAUACAGGUGCUGCAGAGGCAGGCCACGGUCUUCCUGUAUGAAGCAAAGUCUUCUUCCCAGCAGCCUCUGAGCGCACCAGCAAUCACACUGCAGCCUCCGCCGAGCCCCUUCCACCUUCCACAAAUCAACACACUUUCCCCUCCAAACUCGCAAGAACUGAAGCCGCCGCCCCUCCAGAGCCGACGGAACACGCUGAGCUGCCUGAAGGGCCCGGAGCCCAGCAUCCUGCUCAGCGCCUCCGCCUCAGACAGCCUCAGCAUCAUUCCCAGCUCCGAGGCCGCGUCACAGCUCAGCUCUCCGGCCACCGGGCCGGGCCGGAGCGAUGCCUCGGGUUGCCAUGGGAGACGAGGGAUGAUGCAGGCCAUAAAGAACGAGAGGCGGGCCUCCAAGGUCCUGGGAAUUGUCUUUUUCCUCUUCCUUGUCAUGUGGUGUCCGUUCUUCAUCACCAACGUCACCUUUGUCCUGUGCCGCGACUCCUGCAACGAGUCGCUGCUCCACGAUCUCCUGAACGUCUUCGUCUGGGUGGGUUACAUCUCUUCUGGGGUCAACCCUCUGGUCUACACCCUCUUCAACAAGACCUACAGGAGAGCCUUCUCCAACUACAUCAGGUGCCAGUACAAAGCCGGGGCUAAUGCGGCGGGACAAGGCGGCAAAACCCUCCUCACGCCCCAGCAGUGCCCGUCGCACGCCGUCACCCCUCUGUUGAUGGGCGGCCACGACAAAGCAGGGGUGGACCGCAACAGUAACUGUCGCAACGGCAGCAGGGGAGACAACGGGAGGCUGACGGUGGACCCGGAGGACACGACGGACGACGGGACACAGAUCGGAUUAGUGUCGCAGAGCCUGUCAGAAUGCCACAACGCCGGCGCGCUUUCGGAAACCGAGCCAGAAACGGAGAUCGAGCAGGAGCUGUCGCUCAUCAGCUACCCUCCCCCCAGCGAACACACGAGCAGCGUGUGACUGCAUGCUCAGCCCCCUUUGUUCCGACUUCAACCUCCUCACCCGGGGACUAUUACGAGGAGAGCUGCUGAAGUGCACCAGCUCUUUCCGGAUGUCAAGGAAGCAGAGAGCGGAAAGGUGUCAAAGAGAAAAGUAUCCCUCCACAUUCCAAACACGUUUGCCGUCAGCUUCGCCAAAACGUUCAGUCUCAUACCAUGAAGCUCAGGUUUUGACCUGUGCGGUUGACGUGUUCAUCAGGCAAACCCUGCGUUGCAUUUCAUGGAGAUUGAGGUAUCGAGCGAGUCAAGGGACGAAGUGAAGUGGGACUCGCUGUUAACCUGGUAUGAAGUCAAGCGGCCCCUCCUGGAGUCCCACUGAUGCGGGUUACAGAGCCAAGAGGGCCCCCCACGGAGUCCAACGGCGACUUCGAGCCCUCGCACAGAGUGGAAGACACGGUCCAAGCAAACUCAACCAAAUACACAUCUGAACCAGUCAAGCUUGACUGGCUGAACCUUUUCACACUGCUCAGCUGACAGAGUCUGCAGAGGAGACUCUUCAUAAAGGCUGCAGUGAAAGUUUUCCCUGAGAGGACAGAGAUGAAGGAAUGUACAAUCAUAUCCAGGCUACGGUGGACUCGCAGUGCCAUCUAGUGGUUAUGGAAAUAUCUUCGGCUGACCAAAGCAGAUAAAAGAGCUAAAAGUUAAAGGGGAAAAAAAAAAAAAGUCAUUUCAGCUUUACUGCUUCUGUCGUCAAAAUACAACCACUUUGGAGACUCAUGGCUUCCAAAAUGUUUUUACUGAAAUCAACAAUAAAGUUUGAACUAAAGGGGGGGGAAAUGUUUUUGAUAGAGUGCACAACUAUUUUACAGAUUGUCUUUAAUAGGAACAAAGCAUAUGAAUUUUUUUACACUAGCCAGCCGAAAUAGUCAUGGUUUUUAUCCACUAGUCUUAAAUGUCGAGGUUUAUAUGCCCGUGCUGCCAUCUCUUCCUUUGUUUUGUACUCUAGAAAAAAAGCAUGGCGGUCCGCAACUUUACUUCGUGUUCAUCUGUAGUAUAAGCAAGAAGAUUUUCUGUCUGCUUACACCAUGAAAUGGAUCUACUUGCACCUGAUAAGUCUCUCCAUCUCUGUUAAGAUCUGGGUCACUGAAAAACACCAAAAUAUAGACAAUAUUCAAAUCUAAAACCUGACACAGUGCCUUUCAAAAGUAUUCACACCCCUUGAACUGUUUUAGAUUUUUUUAAUCUUCACAAGCAAAAAGUUUAGUGUCUUUAAAGGGGCAGUAUUAUAUAUUUUCCAGGCAUAAAGUGCCUGGAAAAUAGCACAAAUAGCUGAUAUAAAAAAUACUAUGUAUGUUUAAUAUAACUUCAAAGAAAUUUUACUUUGUAAUUUAACACCGUGAAAUUAGAGUUCCGUCUCUUUAAGAACCUUCUGCUCUUUCUUUUCAUCAGGAAGUCAUCACAACAUGGCUCCUCUAUUAACCCUUUUUACCGGAGUUGCUCUGAGAAGUGGCUUAUAUAAUGAGCUCAGCUGAUGCUCUGUUCCUCCAGGUGUUUGCUAACUGCUGCUGGCUAGUCUGAAGGAGCUGAUUGGUGGAGUCACAGAGAAGGUGUGAUUUGCGAGGUGGAAGUUUAGAAACAUCUCGAAGGCAGGUCGAGCUCCACCCAGGCGUUUAGCACAGCUGAAUGGUUGCCACAGGACAUUAAAAGAUUUCUCAAACUGUAUUUCAAGGGAAAAGUAGCUUUGAACAAUAUAGAAUCAGACUGACUCAGUUUAUUGACAUGCUUUUAGACUCCAAUCUUUCUAACAACAUUUUCCCUCCAGUUCGAACAAGUCAAAAUGUUAAAACAAACGUUUAAGUGUAUGAACACUUUUGGAUGGCACUGUACUUACAUCAUCUGGUUCUCAUUACUUCCAAGCAUAAAUUCAGCCUAUUUUGUAAUCUCUAAGGACAAAUGGAAAAAGCUUCUGUUAUUUACGUCGAUGUGAAGCAGGGAUUUCAGCCAGAGCUCAGCCAUUCUCCAGCUCUGUCUCCUUUGUUUUAGUCUGAACUCUUUAAGCUGCGGGAUGUUCCGUCAUGCUGCGGGCCAAAGCGUCGCAGACUUCGGACGCUGAAAGCCAAUGAAUUAAAACGGAGACAGUGAUGCAUUUUGCAUAUUUAUCAGCCGUGGUCGAAAAUGAAUAAUUUAAGAGGAGAUAAUCAGAUGAUCAAAGCGCUCCUCGGUUUGCACCUUCCCUCUGAUGAUGGCUUUUCAAAUGGAAAUGCCCGGCAGAAUUGUGGCUUUGACAGAAAACCCGGUGAUCAAACCGUCUAAUUCAGACUGUCAGAGCAGAGAGGGCCAAUAUGUUGCGAAUUUCAAAAAUAGAGUGAGAACCUCGGCACGCUUUGAUCAACCACCGACUCUGCGACUUGCAAAAUUUAUAGUCCUGUCAUUCAGAAACAAACCCAACGCUAGCAUCUCUUUCAGUUCUCGAUCAGACAUGGUAACUUUUCGCCUGCAAAAUUACUUUUGAAUCUUUAACUUCCCAAGUUUUCGAGUCAAACUCAGCAACUUUGAGUUUCAGACAAAUGAGGUGCCAGAGUGAAGAAGCUCUAACGAUUGGAAGAUCGAUAAAUAUCAAAAAAGUAGCUAAAAAAAGAACUUAAACUCUCGUGAGUCGACUUACCAGAGAAAGUCAAAAGUUUGAGCAUUGCAGAAAAUCUGUUCUGCAAUGCAGCAGAAAGUAACAGAAUGUGAUUAUGGCUUUACUCGGGCAAUUCAAGUUCAUUGGCAGAAUAGUUUCUUAUAGAUGUAUUUGUUUUUUUAGUUUGAACAAAGCAAAAGUAUUCUCAGAUUGUACUUUUAGGCCGUUGUAGGUAUAAACAAAGCAGUGGUAAAUUUCUCCCCAAAAAAUGUUCAGAAAUGUUGAGAUUAAGCUGUGAUUUGUUCUAGAGUGAAAAGUUUUGAAGUUUGAGUUUGAAAAGUCAAAAAUACUAUCUAGGAAAAACAAUUGAGGUUGAGCUGAGACAUUUUGUGUAGAAAACUUGGAAAAAUCUUCUUUUCAAAAGUUUUUUUUAUUUUUAAAUGUCCAAAAAUAUCCAGUUUUUGAAACUCAGAAAUUUGCAUGUUGGGUUUUUUUUCUCUUCUAGAAAAUUUCUGAGAUUUUUGGUGGAAAUUUACUCCUUUUUUUCUAUCAAAAUGAGAGUCACCCUAAAAACGACUUUAGGGUUGAAAGGUCGGUCUCCCGCAGUCACACCUCUUAUGUCUGAGGCCAAAUAGCCAAUAACCAAUUAGGUUCACCGUUGGUGUUGGUUGAUUCUGUCCAUCCAAUGAUAUUCUUUAAUCUAAGAGCGACUAAUUAGGUGCUGUUCCAGAUCUUCAUUGGUAAGACGUGAAAACGUCAGAAAAACAUGAACACCGCGGAGACUCUCAUCUGCACUCGCAAAAUAAAAAAUGGCCGAAGUUCUUUCCUUCUUGGAGUUCUUUUAAGUAUUGUUCAAUCUCUAGAGUAGAUAAUGAAACAUUUUUAAAAUAUCAAAUUUAUGAAUAUAAUCAAGUCUGUGCACAAAAUUUCAAAUCUCGGUGGAUUUUUAAACACAUAACAAUCAAUUCAAACUUUUACACCCAAAUUUAGUUUUCUAAAGUAGCUUAGAUGAUAUUUUUCGUUCACCACAUCGUCCACUUUGGCUAAAGAACAGUUUCAACCAUUAAAGUCCUAAAUUAAAUCGACCCAUAAGUAGUUCUGAACAGAACUGUGUGUGGCUUUUUUUAUUAUUAUAGAGAAGAAAUAGAGGCUUUUUAUUAGCCUUGCAGUAAUUUUCUUAAUAAUAAAGCAAAGCAAUGUCCAAUUUGCUAAACUGCUCUGUGGGCUGCUAAAGAAAGGCAAAUUAAAACUCCAUUCAGACUUUUCAUAGACUAACGACCUUCAGCUGGCUCCGAAGAGAAGAACUGUUUUAACAGAACAAAAAAAAAAGAUGGACAGCAUCUGCAACAGGACAAAAACCCUUAUUUCACAUCAAGGAAUGUGAACAGACAGUUUCUCAGCUUAUGAAUCUGUUGAAACUUUUCCUCUACACUCACUUUGCUCCUGCUAAAGAUGCUCUCGACGUAAACGGAGCCGGCUGUUUAAUGAAACGUAUUUAGUUUCACCAACAUUUCUUUUGCAGCCGCCUCGGGAGUCUGACCCAGUCGUCCAUAGGUUUCUUUGAAGCCCCCAAAGCUUCUCAGAGCCUGAAUAUUAACAACAUAGAGUUCUUUAAAACCUCAAUUUCUCUUUUCACUCCUAACUUUUAGAGAGUCAGAGUUUAUGCCGGUAAGUUUGAACUCCGAUCUAAAAGGCGACUGGAUUUUAAUUUGUACAUCUCGGCUGAAAACAGAAGAUUCUCCUCUCGCAUCAUGAUGUCUAUAGACUAAACAGUCUUCCUUUGAAACAGUUGUCUCUCCACUGGGAGAGGGUUAAACGAGCUAAUGAUUGUACCAAAGUUUGUGGCAGAAAUAUUUUCUCCAUUAGAAAUUUAUAGAACUAUUUUUAAUAGAGAUAAUUCAAAUGCUGAUGAUUUUUUUCAGUCAUUAAGGGAGGAAAGGUUACCUAAACCAACCUGGUUUGUAUGUGUAACGGUAAUUGCCCCCUAAUUUUAGCAAUUGGUUGUAAGGCCUUUGGUACCAACAACUCCAGUCAAGUAAUAGUGAACACAGACAUUGGGUCAAAGGUCAUUUCUCUACCAGUUCUUUGUUCCAUUGUCAGGACUCGCUCCUCAUAAUGGUGCCGUCAGUCACCAGGUUUUCACCAAACGACCCAGAGGUCAUCGGGGUGUUUUCUAGUAAAUGUGGGUCAGAUUUUUGUGUUGUUCUUGGUCAGCAGUAGGUUUUCAUCUCUGAACUUUACUGUGGCUGUAGUAAAGUUCUCUGUGUUUCAUUGCUCUGCGUUCAUGUACGUCCUUUUGAAGGAGUCAUUAGCCGCGUUUCCAUUGACCAUAAAGUUGAACAAAUUGGAAUUACGAAAAUGAGUUUGCCUGAAAGAAACGUGCCAAUUUAGAAAAAGAAACGCCAAACAUGUUUUUCAAUUUAAUGCUUUAGCGGUGGGAUGAGGUAGUUUUUCAGCUGUAUCAGAAUUUGCGUAUAUCGUAAAUUUACGCAAACUGGAAUUACCAAAGUAAACGUUCUUCACGGAAACACACCAGUUUUGAAAAAAACUCAAAUGUCUGUUCUAGGAUGAGAUAGUUUUUUAGUAAUAUCAUAAUUUUAUCGUUAUCUUGCAAAAUUGCAAUAUAAACACUUUUUUUUGCCUCAGAGAAGCCAUGUGAUCAACAACCGGAUGUUGCUACUGGUGGAAAAGACGAAGGAGACAGGAAGUGGUGGGAGGAUGAUGGUGUGGCAUGUUUUUUAAUGACAUUGCGUGAUCAAACUUAUUCAUGUGUGAUUUUGAUUGGGUUUCUUAUUUAAUUGAAACAUCAACAUUACAAAAUUGUGUUGUGUUUUUUUCACAUUAGUGGAUUAUCGACUGAAUUUCGCUCACAUUUGUUGUGCAAACUGAGGGGGUCCUGGAGUAACUUUGGUGGACUGGCCAACCCUGGCUCCUUGUUUUCCGUUGGUUUUUAUUUUUACGGCCCUAAUACUCCAUCAUAUCAACAUGUAAACAAGUGGGGGUAAAAAUAAACUUUAUCAUUUAGAGUAAAAUACUUUUUCACAUCAUUGUGGGUCAAGGAGAUUUGAAACACUUGUUUCAAAUCUCCUUGACCCAACCUUUAAUACAUUUUCUCCCGGUGCCAUUUUUUUCCCCCUCUGCAAAAUAAUAUGUCAUGAUUAGAGUUUAAAAUAGAGGAAGGAAAAUGGUGGUGAGAGAGCCAUAGUUUAAUAACUAUGUGUCCAGUGUACCUGUGUGUACCUGAGACCCAAGCUGCUGCUGCUGCUGCCUGAGAUUGAUUUUCUGGUUUGUAUUGAUCGUGUCCAGCCCUGCAAAUUCAAUCAAAGCCAGAUAUAGGAAAGCAAUCACUGUGAAGACAUAUCUGGAAAGUUAUGAAGUAAUAAUUUGAUCUGGGUCUGGAGGGUACAGGGAUAGCUUCAGUUAUUUGUUGAGUGUCCCUCUGCUUUUUUUUU